AUGGGUAUCGACUUAGUUAAGGCAGGAAGAGUUAAAAAACCGGGUCGCAAGCACCUAGUGAGUAAGAACCCUUACCUACGCCUUCUCGUUAAAUUGUACCGCUUACUGGCAAGACGCUCAAACGCGCCCUUCAACAAGGUGGUGUUGAAGCGCUUGCUGAUGCCAAGAAGAUACAAAUGCCCAAUUUCCCUCUCGAAGCUGAGCAAACACAUGAAAAAUAACCCAGAAAACACAGCAGUUGUAGUCGGAACAGUGACAGACGAUAAGAGGAUGUUGGAGGUGCCGAAGCUGAGUGUGUGCGCACUGAGAGUGACAGAGAGCGCCAAAAACAGAAUACUGGCCUCAGGAGGAGAAGUGCUCACGUUCGACCAGCUGGUGGCAAGGCACCCAAAGGGAUCAAAGUGCACGCUCCUGAGAGGAGAGACGAAGGCGAGAGAAGCAGUUAAGCACUUCAGAAACGAAGUGAAGGGAAACCCGAAGCCGUACGUGAGGUCCAAGGGAAGAAAGUUCGAAAAGGCGAGAGGAAGACGCCACUCGAGAGCAUUCAAAGUCAAGGCACACUAG